ACAAACACAAAACACACUAUUCCACAACAUUGUGCGUGUGACCUGUGUCUGUUUUUGUGUGUCGUGUAUGACUAUGAGAGAGUGAGAGAGAGUGAGAGAAUGUGUAUGUAUGUGUGCUUGUGGUGGCCCAUCUAAAUAUAUGGCUCACCUUCUUUGAAGAUACAAGCAAAUAAUAAGAUGAGAAAGAGACUACUCCAAAAGACCAAAACAGCAAGAGAUAGAGAGAGAAUAGUAGUAGUAAUAUGUUAUUAUAUGUUGAUUAUAUAGCUAUGCUUUUGGUUUUAUUAUCUUCUCUCAGAAAAUGAAAAUCAUCAAACAAACAAGAAAGUAGAUAUCACAACUUGGAAGCUCUUUGAAUUAGUAUUAUAUAGUUUCUUUUUCAGGCUUUAAAUAUUUUUGGUUUCAUUCAAGUUUUGUUUAUGGCUUUUUCUUGUCUUUUGGCAGAACCAUAAACAUAGCCAACAACUCAACUCUCUCUUUAAAGAAUUUUGGGUACCAUCCAAAAGAAUUUAUGUUCACUUUCUUGGCUUUUGCUACUCCAAAACCAUUGUUUUCUUCCUUGUACUGACUGAAGAUAAUAAAAACCUUUGAAACUUAGUGGUUUUCUUCUUCUUAUCUCUUACUCUUACUUUCAUAGCUAACUUCCACCACAACCUAUAUUACUAUAUAGCUUCUUUUCGCUUUUCUUUUCCAAUAUGCAAAUGAUUCCCAAUGACCCUUUUUCACUUGGAGUGUUUAGUACUCAAGAGCAAAACACAAACCCUAACCCUAAACCUAAUACUCCUCCUGUCCCCAAGAAGAAGAGAAAUCUUCCAGGAACACCAGAUCCAGAUGCCGAGGUCAUUGCUCUGUCACCAAAGACCCUCAUGGCAACAAACAGAUUCAUCUGUGAAAUAUGCAACAAAGGUUUCCAAAGAGAUCAAAACCUUCAACUUCACAGAAGAGGACACAACCUUCCAUGGAAGCUUAGGCAGAGAUCAAACAAAGAUGUUAUUAAGAAGAAAGUUUACAUCUGUCCAGAGAAGACUUGUGUCCACCAUGACCCUUCAAGAGCACUUGGUGACCUCACAGGUAUAAAAAAGCACUUUAGUAGAAAGCAUGGUGAAAAGAAGUGGAAAUGUGAAAAAUGUUCUAAGAAAUAUGCAGUCCAAUCUGAUUGGAAAGCUCACACAAAAACUUGUGGUACAAGAGAAUACAAAUGUGACUGUGGCACCCUCUUCUCAAGGAAAGAUAGUUUCAUUACACACAGAGCUUUUUGUGAUGCAUUGGCAGAAGAGAGUGCAAGGAUAAGUUCAGUUCCAAUUCCAACAACAAAUCUAAAUUUCAAGAAUGAAGAAUGUAGUGGUUCUAUGAUGGGUUCACAUUCACAUUCACAACAUGGAAUAUUUCAAAACAUAGGUGGAAUUCCAUAUCCACAAUAUGGUUCAAAUCAUGGAUUUCAUGUAGAUUUCAACAACAAUUUGUUGAUGAUGGAUCAACAAAGACCAAGUUUAUCACUCUGGUUGAACCAGGGGAAUCAUGAAAUGGGACAAAGUUCUAACAAUAAUUCCCUUUUUGGUUCUUCAUGUUUAUCUGAGAUUGUUCAAAUGGGAAAUACCAAUAACAACAAUAAUGCCUUGAUUUCUUCUUCUUCAUCAUCAUCAUCAUCAUCAUCAAUGUUGUCUAAUUUUGGUGCAAAUUCAACAUCUGCUGCAAAUCUUUCUCAAUCAAAGACUGCACCAUCUGGUUCUGUUUCUGUUUCUGUUUCUGCUACACCAAUGUCAGCAACUGCUCUUCUGCAAAAAGCAGCUCAAAUGGGUUCAACUAAAAGCAAUAAUGGUGCUGCUGCUACUACUAAUAAUAAUAAUAACAACCCUUCUAUUUUUAGUGCUAGUUUUGGAGUAAUGACAUCACCGUCUUCAUCAAAUAAUAGUUUUGAUCAUUUUUUGAUGCAUGGACAACAAAGUGAACAAGGAAAAUUGAAUAUUUUGCAUCAUGGUGUUAGUACUUCUUCAAACUCUAUGGAACAAGGUCAAAAUAGUAACUUGACAAGAGAUUUUCUUGGUGUGAGUGGAAGAAGUGGUCCUCCUCCACAGUUUCUACCUCAAGAGCUAGCAAAAUUUGCUUCUAUGCAAUACACAGGAAAUUAAAUCAGUGAAAGGGUUUAUUGGGAAAUUCAUCAAAGUUUUUUGGUGUUUGGUUGUGAGGGAUAUAUUGAACGGUUUAGAAGGGUGCGUGUGGGGAUUUGGGGACCCACAUUUGCAUGUAUUUGGAGACAGCUCGUAAGAAUAGUGAACAAACCAAGUCAUGCAAGUUUUCUUAAAUUGUUAAUGUUGUUUUAUCUUGUGUCUUAA